ACUUGCAUCUUUUCGGAUGAUUUUUACGACAAAAAAUCCAAAAUGACGUCUUUUUCGCGUCUCUUUUUGCUUCUUAUCUCACUUACCUUUAUCACGGCGAACGAUUUCGACUGUCCCCAUGACUGUGAAUGUCGCACGGGCCUCAAUAACUUCCAUAUUUUGUGCAAAAACAACGGCAUCGAUCAGUUUGGCAUGGAAUUUUACAACAUGGAACCUGGCGAAAUUUCCCAAAAUCGACAAAUGUUGCGCCUAAUUUGCUACACAAAGAACGAUUUUUACGAAUUUCUGCCGGAACUGAAGUUAAACCCGUACAUCCAGAUCACUUUUUACAAUUGCGACAUAAAUCAGACGAGUAUUCGUCGCCUGGAGGUCCGUUUGUUCGAAGAUCACCAAGAAAACCUCUUAAACUUGGAAGUCACGAGCAAUCACUUCUUCAUGCUGAGCGGCUUCGAAAAAUUACCGCAUUUGGAGAUGCUGGCAUUUUUUUACAACAACAUCGAGAACAUUGAUCCGAAAUUGCUGCAUCCGAUGACGAAUUUACGCCGCUUGUACUUCAUUCACAACAAUGUCACGUAUUUGCCGUCAAAGCUGCUGAAGAAUAAUCGGCGACUCGAGAAAAUUACGAUCGAGGAGCCGACGUUGCAGGAACUGCCGGAUGCGUUUUUGUCGAAUUUUCCGAACCUGAAUUACGUGGAGAUUGAAUGUCGGCUGGAAUAUUUGUCGGAAAAUUUAUUUAGAGGCAGUAAAUCGAUUGAAAAGUUGUUUAUAAGGUACAAUGAUUUGUGGAAGAUACCAAUUGAUGUGUUUGUGGAUCAGGAAAAUUUGACGGAUUUGUCGUUGAAGAGUAAUUAUUUGAAGAUUUUGCAUGAAGGAGUGUUCAGGAACUUGAAAAAGCUGUCGAAUUUGGAUCUCAGCAAGAAUCAGUUGAGGAAUGUUUCAGAAAAUUUAUUUGCCGGCUUAAUCAACCUCGAAGUCCUCAAUUUACGUGACAACCAAAUUUACACCAUUGCGUCUUCCGCAUUUGCUCAAAACCCGUUAAUCCGUUAUCUCAACCUCGAACAGAACGAAAUCUCGCUCGCAGUGGGCAACAACUCCAUGUUCGCUCCCCUAAAAUAUUUGAAGAAACUUUAUCUCGCCAAUAACGAGAUCACCGAGUUCCAUUUCAACUGGCUGGCCAAAAAAUUCCAUUUUGAGUUCCUCGAUUUGACAAACAACAAAAUCGAAAAAUUAAACCUAAAAGAGCUGCCAGUGAAUCCGAUCCAGGAUGCGUCGAAGGGAGUCACAAUCGACCUCGGGAAUCACAAAGUGAACGAAAUGUCAGUGCCGGAACACAAUAUCGACUUGUACGCGUAUGCACCAAUGGAGUUAAUUAGUUACACGGUGAAAAUGGCCUACAAUGUGCAUCUGGAGGAGUUUUUCAAUGUCACGGCGGAGGAUGUCGUGAAGCGAUUUAUUACCUUUGACUAUUACAAUAAAAACCAAUAAAUUAUUUU